AUGCGGGAAGUGGGCAUUGUUUUUAAGUUCUGUCCUCAGCUAUCCCUCCUUUCCUCCCUUGCCCCAUUGCAGCCCCUUUUCGUCGACGAUGCGGGCUUUUUCCUCAUCCACAUGGUUCUGCGCCGCAGCCUGAUCACUGUCUUCGCGGGCUUUCCCUCCGUCUUUUCUUCCUCCUCCUCCUACAUAGAUCUUUUGCCUUAUGCGGUUCGUCAACUUCUGCGUCCGGCGAGCCAGCUGCUCUCACGGUCUAUAGGAAACCUCAACUUCUGUCAGUGCAUUCUCCCUUGA